GAAAGGAAGAGGAGAAGGAAGAGGAGGAGGAGGGAAGCUCUGGUCGCCGCUAAUCAGCCACAGAGUAGCAGCAUGCAGCUGUCAGAGGGCAGCGGGCUGAGGAGAGUGAUGGGGAACCGCGGUCUGACAAUGCCUGGGUGAGAGGAGAAACGAGCCAAAAUCCGCUGCACUUCCACCACUCUCUCUCCCUCCCCCUUUAACGCUCCCUCUUUCUUCCUCUCUCUCUUCUCUCUCUGUCUCUCUCUCUCCCCCUCUCUCCCUCUCUCUCUCUCUCUCUCUCUCUCAUUGUUUCCUACUCUACAGUGGAAGGGGUCUGGCUGAUGAUUAGCACGGAGGCAAGUCAGAUCCACCUACCAAAGCUGACAACAUUUCAAUAGGGAGAAGAGGAGGAAAGAAGAGGGAGCGAGAGAGAGAGAGGGAGCGAGCGAGAGGGAGAGAGAGAGCCGGGAGGAGGGGAUAAGAAAAUUAAGCUCUUUAAGUCAAUGCAUAUUGUGGUGUCACUAGCACAGAAGCCCUCACGGUGGAGUCGGCCAGGGCUGUGCGUUCCCAAAAUAUGACCAGGGGUGCUUGGAUGUGUCGACAAUAUGACGACGGCUUAAAAAUCUGGUUUGCAGCAGCCCGGGAGAACGAGAAACCUUUCACCGAUUCGGAGAGGGCUCAGAAAUGGCGACUGUCUCUGGCAUCUCUGUUGUUUUUCACAGUCCUGCUCUCUGAUCACUUGUGGUUCUGCGCCGAGGCCAAACUGACCAGGACCCGAGACAAGGAGCACCAUCAGCAGCAGCAGCAGCAGCAGCAGCAGCGGCAGCAGCAGCAGCAGCAGCAGCAGCAACAGCAGCAGCGGCAGCAGCAGCAGCAGCAGCGGCAGCACCAGCAGCAGCAGCAGCAGCAGCAGCAGCGGCAGCAGCAGCAGCGGCAAUCACAGCAGCAGAAUCCCUCUUGGACAUCGCUACUCACUAGCAUGGGGGAGUCCUCUUCUGCCGCACAGGCACACAGACUCCUCUCCUCCUCCUCCUCCUCCUCCUCUUCUUCUUCCUCCCCCUCCUCCUCGUCCUCGUCCUCGUCCUCGUCCUCCUCCCCUCCUACUCUCCCUCCCUCCCCCAGCAGCAGAAGCAGCAGCAGCAGCAGCAGCAGCAGCAGAGGCAGAUAUUAUAAUAAUAACAAGGCUAUUUUUCUAGGAAACUCUACCAAACCUCUGUGGCGCCUGGCGACGUGCCACGCUCAGAACUCCUCGUCCGGCCAAUGUUUCAGCGUGGACGAUGCGGACUCCGUGUGCGAGAGGAUCUGGAGUCGGAGGGCCGAGGAGCAGCCGCUGCUGCAGCAGAUGCAGCCGAGGCAGCAGAUGCAGCAGCCUCCACCGCAGCAGCGAGCGACGGGGAGCCCCACGUCUCCUCGCUGGAACCUGUCGGAUUUUUACCUUUCCUUUUGUAAUUCCUAUACACUCUGGGAGUUGUUCACCGGCUUGCCCGAUCUGGGCACUUUGAACUGCAGUCUGGAUGUCGUGCUGGAAGAGGGAGGGGGGAAAGGGAGAUGCAAACAGUGCGUCCAGGCCUAUCAGUGCUACGACCACCACGCUCAGGAGAAAUACGAAGAGUUUGAGAUGAUGCUCCAGAAAUAUUUGCAAUCGGAUGAGUAUUCGGUAAAGUCGUGUCCCGAGGACUGUAAGACUGUCUACAAAGCCUGGCUCUGCUCCCAGUAUUUUGAAGUCACACAGUUUCACUGCAGGAAGAGAAUUCCUUGCAAGCAAUACUGUUUGGAGGUUCAGACACGGUGUCCAUUUAUAUUACCAGACAAUGAUGAUGUCAUCUAUGGAGGACUAUCAAGUUUCAUCUGUACAGGGCUCUACGAAAACUAUCCAGUCAAUGCAGAACCAGAAUGCUGUGAUGUCAGAUGGGAACUAUUACCAGAUUACCAAUCCAAAGGGACUAUAAAAACAAGUGACUCGUGUCACAGGACAUCGCUCACAGUUUCAUCAGCAUCAAGACUGUGCAACAGCAGACUCAAACUGUGCGUUCUUGUAUUAAUUCUCUUACAUACAGUACUUACAGUGUCAGCAACACAGAAUUCGACGGGACUGGACUUUGGAGGCAUAACAACUUUGGAGGAUAACACAACCAAUGAAGAAUAAGCAAAAGGACUCACAUCAUAUGAUAGACACUCAGGCCCACAUGAAUCAAGUUACUGAAGUCAGUGAAACAGAAACUGGGUCCUUUUACCCUCGAAUCACUUCUCGCAAGAAAUCUAGGGUGAAAUUGAAAUGAUGGGCCACUAUCCAUACAACAAGGACACAAACACAGCUUUUUAUUGACUAAAAUGCUGUAUGGUGACUUAAAUUUCUCACACCAUUUUAUACACUGUGUUUUAAUGUUUGGAGUUUUUUUUCAUUUGGUUUUUGCACUUGUUAAUACAGGAUUUAAUUUCUUGGGAUGGUUUCUCAAAGCUAAAAGUCUUUUCACUGUCUAGAUAUUUCUAGUCAUUGUGUGUGUUCAUCUGAUAGUCCUGUCUUCUGUCCUGUCGGUUUCUAUUAGACUCCAUGCUAUGACUCCAUGGCAUAGCUGAAAAAAAUAAAAUAAAAACCCUAACUGUACCUUUUACCCAUGUAAACCAAUCCUGUCCCUGCUCCUUCCCUCUCCCUUGUCUUUCCUCCUUACUCCCUUAAGCGGACAACAUACGCUUGCUUCUGUCUGUGUAAUCACAAUGAAUGGACACACACUAUUCCAGUGUGCCUCUGCACUGUUGCACAAACUAGCUGACUGAGAAAACCCAAAGGGGAAUGAUGGGAGAUUCCUUGAAGCUGAAUUAGCCAGUAUUCUCUGUAUAAGGUGAAAUUGGAUGAUAGACCAAUUGUUAUUUUAAAAAGAAAAAAAUUAUAUAUACUCAUAUGUGUGUGUGUGUGUGUGUAUACCAGUGAGAAGUGAGAUACACACCCACACACAAACAUAUAACAAACUGUGUUGCUCCAGUUCCCUUUUCAAAAAAGUCCAGUCCUUUCUCACUGGUCAGUUGAACAGGAGCAGCCUUUUCAGAUAUAGUAUGUGAAACCAGUUUAGCUCAGCCAAGUGAAUAGUUGCGAGGCCUUCGGUGUGGAGAUUUAAGGUUGGAAUUCAUUGUGAAUUACGUUUUCAGUUCUGCCGCAGUCACUUAACUAGUAAAUAUCUGUAAUGUAUUAGAUAGAGCCAACAGAUUGAGAUUUUUCUUUUCUGGCAAAGCUUCAGUAGAAACAGUCAGGCACUUACAGAACCAAGUAUAUGUAAAAUUUUGAAUCCAUUGUUUCUUGUAUAAAGCUAUUCCAGUCAGUAGGGGUGGAGAGUGAUGUGUUAGCAGAGAUGGACAAUCUGUUUUUAUAAACAGUUAACCAUUUAAUUAGUGUGCAAUAAAAUCAGCGACAUCAUACCAGACUAUCACAACUCAAGGGAAAGAACAGUAACUGGUUGCCCUUUUCGCCGCUUUUUUUUUCCUGUGGGAACAUUUCACCCACUAAAUGUAUGAGAAUUUUUUUUUAAACAAAGGCUUUUUAGAGUUUACAGUAGAAUCAAUGGAAGGAAGAAUUAAUAAGGGCUGUUUUUAAAAUAAAAAAAAACUACAUUCCUUCCUAUUCUCUAACUACACUUGGGAAGUGCACUUCAGAAAUGUCUGCUGUGUAGCUGGGGGGUGAAGGAAAAACUAUAGGAAAGGUUCUCUUCACAAACAAUGCUUAAUUAUCCACUCUAUAACUAUGAGAUGCUCCUUUGGUAAUCACUUUUGUUGUGACAGUUUAAUCCCAGCAACAUAGGCACAGUAUGAAUAUUUUGAUUGACUAAAAUAUGCUUUCUGCUCAAAUCUGUUCAAACCUGCAAAGAUUAAAAAAGCUAUUGCUUAAGUUAACUGCUAGACUUGUUUAGAUGUAAAAAGCUCAAAUAUUUUAUGAGACUACUUGUUCUGAUAGUGUUUUCCGGAGACUGAGAAUCCUAGAAUGAACUGUGCAAAUACAAAAAGCACCGAAAAAUGCACUUCUUCAGCUCUUGUUUUGUUUCCGUAAUUGUUUUCCCAUGCAUUCAAACACAAGCUCUAUUUUCAUUCAAAAAACAUGGUGCUUUUUUCUUCAGGGAGUCGGGGGAGGGAUGGGGAGACACAUAUAUUAACUGCAUUGAACUGUUGCAACUGUGUAACAUUUAUAGAAAUGACAAAUUUUAAAAGCCUUAACUAGUGGUAGAAUGUAGAUUCCAGUGAGGGUGGGAAAUCUAUUGGAAAGUACUGGAGCAAUAACCAGACAGCGCAACAGUACUAUAUGAUACAGCUCGAGUCACUACUGAGAAAGCACUUACCAGAGGGGCUCUUGUUCAACUGACCUCUCAAAGUAUAUGGUCAGUAAACAGUUUGUUAUAACCUUUAUCUACCUCUGCUGUGCAAAGGCCAUUCAACAGUCCAUUUCCGUACUGUUCUUGACCCUUCUUUCGUUCAUGUCACCUAGACUACUCUCAUUUUUCUGUCACCACUUCACCAGAUUAGCAGCAAGUCCUUUUCAUUCCACCGUUCCUGGCAUAUCAAGAAGAGUUAAAUGUCAAAUCACAGAUUCCUGAUUCACCUAGUGGUAAAAGGAGAGUGAUAUUUAUAAACUACUUAUUUUACUCCUUUUUCUUUUAAAUUUGUUCCCUAAGGCACUUUUCACGUGAUUUCAGUGAUUCUCCCACCGAUGAUUACUCUCAGUGAUAGGUUUUGAAAUAUGGAAGAAUGACAUCUGGGGGAAAAAAACCAAGUAGUUUCUGCAGCAGCACAUGCAUAGGAGUUCAGCCUGUAUAAAGUAGGAUCUUCAAAGAUGACAAAAACCACGCUGUCUUAAUUGCAAAAUCUAGAUGGUGAAUGCACAAAGAGGAAAACAAAGAACCCCUUCAUUACCGUUCAUUGAAAUUUGUCUGUAGAUCCUGUCUUUUUCUGUUGGUGUCUGGGUUGGUUUCUUUCACUAUGAUGUCAUUAUCGGUAAAUGACAACAUUCCUGGGAUGAUGACGGCCGGGAUAUUGGAUGCCGGUGUUUCCCCCCUACGGUGUGGCAGGCAGCUCCUCUUGAGGCAGCUAGGGAAUCCAAAGAAGAGGGGAUUCCUUGAGGAAGUUAAGCAACAUGUAAUCAUGAAUGAUGCAAAUUUCAUUCCACCCACUUCUUACUUGUAACAGUUUUCCUGGCACAACCUUGAGCAUGCUUGGUGUUAUGCACAUAUUACUUUUGCCAGAAUAAAUUCAUAUCCUGCCCCUGCUGUAACUGCUACCCUGCUCCAUUUCUCCUUGAAUUGUAUGCUAAUUCCAGACAUGAUAAAGAACUACAAUAUUAAAACCAAGAUUUCUGUGAGCAAGUUUAUUUUAAAAAUAGGAGACAGCAAUAUUUGUUUUGCAAUCAUAUGGAAUACUCUUGUCCCAUGUUAACUACCGUCUUAUUUUCUGCAAUAGGGAAAAAUCCAAUAUUUGUGCAAUAUGUUAAUACUGCGAAACCAAAUGUCAGAAAUACAUAAUCGGAGCUAUAUGUUUAUUUCUUACUCGCAUCGACUUUUUCUUUAAUUAAAGACACCAUAUAUACAUUUUUUUUGCCAAGUCAGAAACCCCAGCCCAUCCUUCCUCCAAGCAUUACAGAAAAGGAAAAGACAUACUAUCCCGUCAAUAAAAUGGACACCGAAUGUCACCAGGUUCCUAAAAAAGCAAAGCAAAACAAAAUGAAAAAAAAACCAACAAAUUGCACACACCAAACUGGGUUUUACCAGAAACUGAUAGAAAGUGUCAUAUACUUCAUUAUUGGGUUAUCAAAUAUAUGAUGUGGCAGCUCACAUUUGGGAUGUCAUCAGUCCUUAACACCAGGAAAAUAUUAGAACCUCAACUGAGGCUAGGGGGAAUUUUUACUUUCUUUCCAUGUAUCUUAGCUAUCUAUAUUAUCGAUGUUCUUGCUAAAAUAAGCAUUGCAUCAGUGCACUGAAAUGGAAGACACAUCUGGUUAUCACUAUAGCUGCGUUUAGGUCUUUGAUUAUAUAUACAUAUAUGUAUAUAUAAUGUGAGAGAUGUAUAUCUAUGACAUAGCUCUAUAUAGAUCUAUAGAUAUAUAAUAUAUGUAUAUAUAUCACCCACUAAAGUAAACCUUGAACAAUGAUACGCUUUAGUUCAUACAGCUUACACUUACUAUUACUGUGAAUGGUUCUGUUUGGUUUGUCUUGUUUAGCAGCAUGCGAUUUUGAAAAUUAAACCUGCUAUGAUGUGGAGACAGAUUUACUGACAUUUCUCUAUUACUAAAAGGAAAUGCACAUUGAAAAGGCAAGAAGCUUCGCCAUCCAGAACUCUGACUAGGCAGGAAGCUGAGGAAAGCAGCUUCGCCCAGCCCUGGACCUCGCACUGCAGCCCUGGAAUCAGAGGGCUGAAGCAGUUCCAAUUUACUGCUGGGGAAUGGACCUAACUGGUGGAAGGCAGGGCUCCCCAAGCUGCUCCAAACUGAAGCCCCCAAAGCCCAGAGAGUAGCUGAGAGGGUGUGGAACUGCUGCACAUGGGCAGUUACAUCCUGGCUACCGCACUGCAACUCUGGAAAAACCCUGAGAGAUGGGGAGGGACUGUGGGGAGUCAGGCCUUGCCAGUACCCAACCUGACUGGUUCAACUUGGCACCAGUCUUACCCAGCCCCAUAGGCACAAGAGAGACCCACUGAACCCACGGUCCUGGGUUAACUGAGGCAGGACUCUGGCCUCCAUCAGCACCUGGCCUGGAGAGACGGUCAAAGCAGGAUAAGGUGGCUUAUAACAAUUAAGUGUGGGAACAGUGAUUCCAGUGGCUCUUAAGAAGAUAAAUUUGGUUGGAGAGACAUUCAAAAUGAUCCUAUUUUCCUUGGACUCAACAGAGCUAUAAGGGUUCUCUGAGUUUCAAACAAUAACUUCUGAAUAAUCUAUUAUUUCUCAAUAUAUACCGUUUGAACACCAGUAGUACAGAGCUUUGCACACAGUAGGCAUUCGAUAAAUACGAUUGAUGCUGACAGUGAUGAUGAUUAACUCAUUUUGAUUCAGCCAACCUUAAGCAAGAGAUAACACCCAUGCAUAUAGGUUGUAGCUAACUUCUGAAUGUUCACUUCAGACCCUGCUACAAUCAAUGCCCCACCCCCAAGAGAGAAGGCAGCUGUUUUGCAGUUUUUAUUAGCUUCAUAGAUAUGCUAACAGCUACCUUAGAUCAAAGAGGCUGGCGGGAAGCAGUGAGUGGGGAGAGAAAGAUUGGAACGCUAUGGUAAAGUCCCCUGAAUUUUGGUCUCCAAAUUGAGAUUAAAAAGUUAAACUUUGAUGUAAAUCUGUAGGAGGAAUGAAAAUAAAAGAAUUAUGAAUGUCAAGAUAUGAAAAAUACAAAAGAUGGAAAUGAUUAAAUGCUGUAAAGUGUUUUUUUCUUUCCUUGCUUCCCCUCUUGCCUCCACUAACUUUGAAUAUAUUAUUUUUUUCUGAUGCCCAUGUCCUCUGCUUUUUACAGAUAUUUUAAGGAAGAAAAAAUGUUCAAAGAAGGUGUGAAAGGGUAUCCUUACACUAUUUUGUUUCUGAAGGAGUGAAGUCAAAUCCAACAGCAUAAAGUUUAAAAGGCAUUUGAUUUGUAGGCUAAAUAUGCCUCCUUUAGUGUGUAGGACUGUCUGUCUACCUGCCCUUACACCCAUCUCCCCAGGUUUUAAGUGUAAACUAUAUGGUACUAACAAACAAAGUGGAUGAAGCUAAAGAUAAAAAUUCCAGAGAUGUAGGAGAAAAAUUAAUUCAGCAAAUAACCUUUCAGAGAAUACUUUCAUGAGGGCAUUCAUUCAGAGAAAGAUUACAUUUAAGAGUCACUCCAAAUCUUUCUGACCCGACUUUUCUCUUUUAGUUUCUCAGAAACAAUGACCAAUUUCUCCCAUAUAAAAUGUAUAUCUGCCUGAGAUCAAGUUGGUGGGAAAAAUCCAUGCUUUGGCUCAAAUCCCUCAGGACAAGCCUAAUUUUAAAAAACAAGAUGAUAGCACAGACUGCUAUACGUUGGUAAAAGAAACAAUUUUGGAGCAAGGGAUCCCUCAGAGGCAGCUUCCAGAAUCCAUACAUUAUGUUUCUGCCUGAUAGGUAUCAUCAUUCCCACAGUGUUUUACCCCUACUCUUUCUGAUACUAUGAAGAUCCAAUAUGCAGAUCAACGUACCACAUUUCUGGGAAGCAGCUGCCAAGGAGCCAAGCCACCAGAUCAAUAUGGAGUCAUGCCCAUUGAUUUAUUCUUACAGAAAAAAAAGACACUUGCAUGCAUUUCCACAAACUAACAUCUCUCAAUCUUUCCCAUGCUGUAUCAUCAUGAAAUAAAAGCACUUAAUUCUACUACUGUAAUAAAGUCUGGAUACCCCUGAAUCUGAAUUUUUUUUCUAAUUCUGAUCACUGUAAUUCAGAAAUACCAUAAUAGAGCUGGAGAAGAUACGAUCAAGAUAAUUUUGGAGAUGGGGGAUAUACAUGAAGAAAACAAGACAAUGAAGAAAUAUGUGAACAGGAUAAACACAAAUUUGUUCUUUCCCAAAACUCAAACUACUAAAUAAGGAAGCACUCAGUGAAUCUUGAGGGUAGUAGAUUCAGAACAGGGAAAAGGAAACAUUUCUUUACAGCCAGUAAAUAAGCAUUUUGAAUUUGUUGCCAUGGGGAAUUGUCCAGGCAAAAAAAUACCAGCAGGUACAAGAUGGGUUUGGUUGGAUUCCAGGACAAGAUGUCCAAAAUGGGCUAUAAGAGGGACUCUAGGAUCUCUAAUGAGGCUGAGGGACCCUAACCAGGAGGUUGGAUACUCAGAGAGACAACCAUCCUCCAUCACUUGUCUCCUUCAAAAGGAUCCCAGGGCCACUAUCUCAGACAGAAUUCUAGGCUGUAUGGUUCUGAGUAUACCAUGUGUUGUGAUUUCAGCAAAAACUUGAAGCAGAAAAUCCACACUUCAUUAGAUGACUAAUUAAACAGAGUCUACUAAAUAUUUUUUUCAACUGUGAACUUUGCCCCAUGCAGACUUAGCAAAUUCAGAAUUUCUUUAACCUCUAAACAGAAAUCCUAUUAUUAUAACAGGGAUCUUUCUUUGACACGAUUCAGCAAAUUCAUUUUUAAAGAUAGAUAUUCCCUUUAUCUUUCAACUACAUUUUAUUGGUAAAUUGUGAUGCGUACUGAUUAAUGACACUAAACAACAAAAUAUGUUCAUAGUUUUCAAAGAGCCAGUUUAUCUAAGGUGGUUGUGUCAAAUAAUUUGGUGCAGCUCUAUUCAAGUCAUGAUGAGCCAAAGCAUUGAGCUUUGAUUUCAUGAUUUUAUUUUUCCUAAAAAUUUAUCAAGCUUAGUUCAGCGCUUGAACAUGCAAAAAUGUAAGCAGCAUCCUCGACACAAGAUGAAGAGUUUAACCCAAAAUUAUCAAUUUUUCUACUAAUAUCAGUGGACUAAAAUUGGAUUUGAUUGCAAUUUUCGCCUAUCCAUAGCUAUGUAUUAAUAUUUAAUUCAUGUGGUUUUCAGAAGCUGCCUUUUAUAGCUUUUGAGUUCUUUCAAAAGUUAUAAGACACUAUGCAGCUACAAAUUACAUGUUUAUGUUAAUUAAAAGGCUAACAAUUAAAAUUAUUCAACUCUUCUGUUUUUCCCAAGAUGUAUGAAACUAAAAACUCAUGUUGUCAAAAGCAGAUUUAAUUAGCUGUGUUUACUCUGUUUUUUUUUCUUUACUUUUUUGUCAGAAUUCAGGGCUGGAUUUCAUUUGAAAUGGUUGAAACAGAAGUCAGUGUUUUUAACUAUGUGGAAUGUCCAGUGAUUCUUAGCAUUGAAAAGAGGGCUAAGUGGUCCUGUCUGAAAAUAAUAUUUAAAAAGAUGUGAAAUGUUAUAUUAAAUACUGUACUAUUAUAGCAAGUUUAGUUGAGCAAUUACUAUUCUUUAAUUUUUUUACUCAGAACUUUGAUGAACUAAUUUAUUAUGACAAAAAAAUCUUGUUUUCAAAAUGACUUAGGGGAAACUGUUGAAGAAUGUGAAAAAAUUCUAAGAGAAUGCUUUAUGAAGAAUAAAUGUGAAGAUGCAAA